CAAGUGACAGUAGGUCAAUGACUACAUCACAAUGACCAUUAACCGCAGCAGAUAUUAGAGGUGUCCAUCCAUCCUGUGGGAUUGACAAACUCAUUAUUACCAUGGUAACAUACGUAGUUUUAAGACAAACUCAUUUAGAGGAUACAUCAUCACCCUGUCCCAGGGGUGAACAGGCUAACAAAGGUUAAAAUGUACCUGUACUAGCUGGCAA